CCCAGGUCCCCAGCCCCGGGACGCAGCCCCAGCCCGGCAGGCAGCCCCAGCCCCUGCCGAUGCCGUCCCGGGGACGCAGACGCCCAAGCCCCUCCGGCCAGAGCAGGGACCCGGCCUGCCCAGCCAGCUCUGACAGCCCCAUGGCCCUGGCUGGCCACUGAGCCCCACCAUGGGCAGCCUGUACUCAGAGUACCUAAGCCCCAGCAAGGUCCUGGAACACUAUAAUUACACCAAGGAGACGCUGGACACUCAGGAGACAACCUCCCGCUGGGUGGCGUUGGCCAUCAUCGUCCUCAUCUGCUUCACCAUCGUGGUGGAGAACCUGAUGGUGCUCAUUGCUGUCGCUCGCAACAGCAAGUUCCACUCGGCCAUGUACCUGUUCCUGGGCAACCUAGCCGCCUCGGACCUGCUGACAGGUGUGGCCUUUGUAGCCAAUACCUUGCUCUCAGGCCCCGUCACGCUGGGGCUGACCCCUUUGGAGUGGUUUGCCCGAGAGGGCUCCGCCUUCAUCACGCUUUCCGCCUCCGUCUUCAGCCUCCUGGCCAUCGCCAUCGAGCGGCACGUGGCCAUCGCCAAGGUCAAGCUCUACGGCAGCGACAAGAGCUGCCGCAUGCUGCUGCUCAUCGUGGCCUCGUGGCUCAUCUCGCUUGUUCUCGGAGGCUUGCCCAUCCUGGGCUGGAACUGCCUGGGCCAUCUCGAGGCCUGUUCCACCGUGCUGCCGCUUUAUACCAAGCACUAUGUGCUCUGCGUGGUGACCAUCUUCUCCGUCAUCUUACUGGCCAUCGUCGCUCUGUACGUCCGCAUCUACUGCGUGGUCCGUUCCAGCCACGUCGACGUGACCGGCCCACAGACGCUGGCCCUGCUCAAGACGGUCACCAUCGUGCUGGGUGUCUUCAUCGUCUGCUGGCUGCCUGCCUUUAGCAUCCUGCUCCUGGACUAUGCCUGUCCCGUCCGGUCCUGCCCCGUCCUCUACAAGGCCCACUACUUCUUUGCCUUUGCCACCCUGAACUCGCUGCUCAACCCCGUCAUCUACACGUGGCGCAGCCGGGACCUGCGGCGGGAGGUACUGCGGCCGCUGCAGUGCUGCCGGCGGGCGGCGGGCGUUCAAGGGCGGCGGGGCGGGACCCCGGGCCAUCGCCUCCUGCCUCUCCGCAGCUCCAGCUCGCUAGAGAGGGGCACACACAUGCCCACGUCGCCCACGUUUCUGGAGGGCAACACGAUGGUCUGAGGGGCAAAGUGGGCCACGAGGCCAUGGCAGAGGGCUCCGUGGAGAGACACCGGGUGACCUUGGACAGAGACGUGGAGUUGCCAGGCAAGAUGCCCCCGCUCCACAGACCUGGGUGGUAUUGAAAAUACUUCACGCCAGGGCUGGCCGGCUGAGACACCAGCCAGUCGGAUGGCAGAGCUGCAGGGUCAGAGGCUAGUGCAGUAACUGGUGUGGCCUCUUCAGAACUGGAUCGUGGGGAGGACUGGGGGACCUGGAAGGGGCCUGGGUGAGAGCAGGCAAGCACUCAGGGGGAGCUCAGGGCAGGAGCCACUUAUAACCCCUUACAAGGGAUUUCAACAUUUCACGACCAUCUGACCCUCUGCCCUGUACAGGGCUCCCCUCUCCGAACCUAGCCCCCUUGUCACCUCCUGGCAACCUUAGGCCACUUCCCCCAGAAUCAUUGCCCCCAGGGGCCGGAGGCCUCCUCCUUGACCAUCCUGGGUGGCCCCGGCUGACAGUUGCAAAGCCCAAAUCCACAGCUUCCCCAAAUGUCACCAGCUGCCACUUUGGCCUCUUCUUCUUUUUUCCUCUCUCUCUCCAUGACAUGCUGGGAAACCAUGGGGUGGAGAGGGGGUGCUGGAUGCCGUUCUCAGACCUCAUCGGCCAAUUGCACUAUUUGGGGCACAGAGGAAUCACCAAGGGCUGGAAAAACUGGUCUGGGGGAGCUGAGGAGGGCUUUGGGCUUCCUGGUGGGAAAGGGUGGAACUUGAGAAAGUUCUAGGGGAACUGUUUGCACAGGAUGCCCCCCCCCCAAAAAAAAAAAAAAAAAAAAAAACAACAACCACCCAGAGCUACUCCCACCUCCAGCCCAGCGGAGGUACUGGAUCUCCUGGGGCGGGGCAAC